AUGUUCACACGCUCCCGUACCUUCUUCAAUCGCCUUCAGUCGGCUGACCUGCAGCUGAUGAAGAGCGUCAAAGACCGGCUCCUGGUGCCGGCCAUCACAUCGUCUGAUUCCGCUCGAAAUCUCAACCUGGUGCCCAUCGUCGUGGAGCAGACGGGCCGAGGCGAACGCUCCUACGACAUCUACUCCCGUCUUCUUAAGGAGCGCAUCAUCUGUUUGAUGGGUCCAGUCAAUGAUACACUCGCCUCAGUGGUGAUUGCCCAGCUGCUCUUUCUGCAGUCGGAGAGCAGCAAGAAGCCCAUUCACAUGUACAUCAACAGUCCUGGUGGGUCGGUGACGGCCGGACUGGGCAUCUACGACACCAUGCAGUACAUCCUUCCCCCGAUUGCCACCUGGUGCGUCGGCCAGGCCUGCUCAAUGGGAAGCCUUCUGCUGACGGCGGGCGCCGCCGGCAUGCGUCACUCGCUGCCCCACUCGCGCAUCAUGAUCCACCAGCCCUCUGGUCAGGCUGCCGGCCAGGCGACCGACAUUCAGAUCCAGGCGGCGGAGAUACAGAAGCUGAAGAAGCUGAUCAACGGCAUCUACGUGAAGCACAGCGGCCUGCCCCUGGAAAAGGUGGAGGCGUACAUGGAGCGCGACAUGUACAUGAACCCCGAGGAGGCAAAGGAGCUCGGCCUCAUCGACAACAUCCUCUCCAGACCGGUUAAUGGUAGCAGUGGAAAGGCCGAGGACGGCGCCGACAAGCAGCCUGCCACCGCCACCACCACCGGUGCCUGA